AUGGGUGAUCUGGUGGGAGCGAUGGUGGAGACUGUGGGAGAGGAGCCAGAGUCUGAAGGAUUCACAGAACUGCAAGAAGAGGAGGAGCUGACCAGGGUCGAGGAGGUGACUUUGACGUUGGAACCAGAGCCCUGUUCCUUGACGCCGUCUCCGCUGAGGGAAGACGCACCUUCAACACGCGGACCCAGCCCAGGACUGUCCAAUCAGAGCGCAGACACGGGAGGGACUAUCCAAUCAGAGCGCUCGCCUUUUGAACCUGUGCCCUGUGUCGUCCAGUCACUGGAGGAGAAGAAGGAGGAGGAGGCGGGAGAUGCCUCCUUUGUGAUGGUUGUGACUAACUAA